AUGGCACCUAUAACCGACGGUACUGGCGUUGCAUCAACCAAAAGACUCAGUUACUUCAAUCCAGAAGCCGCCCCGCCAGAGUUCAAUGUAGCCUACGCAUCUGGGGCGUUUGCAAAAUUGCCACGAGAUAAUGAGACUUUCUGGAGUGACGUGGAUGAUAGAGACGGGGCCACACAUUUCAAUGCAUCAUGCCAAAUUAUCCCAUCAGUGGGAAAGUCUUCAAUCUCCUUCUCUACGUUCAACAUCCCAUACCCCAACACGACCGAGUUCGGCCCAGACACGACCUUUGACCAGAACAUAACUUGGCCAGUCUACUCUUGGUAUAACAAUACGUCUUUUCAAGAAGUCCUUCACGGGAAUUUCGAUAACUACACGUUUGCGGGGAUUCAUAAUCCUUUGUCUGUCUUCGGUUUUGCGAAACUUGAAUAUGAUGCAAGGUUCUUCAACUCAUCCAAUCCGUCGAAAGGAUUCAAGGUUGAAAUGGCGACUGAAUGUAGCCUUUCUCUUUGUGUGAGUGAUUGGAAAGUCUCUGUUCAAAAGGGGAACACCCAGAUCGAUACUUCGAACAUCGAUUAUGGCUAUUCAUUUGUGAAGAAUAACGUAACACUCGGUCAUGAGGUGAAUUGGUUGUGUUGGAGGCCAACUUUCAGCCCACCAAGCAUAGCCUUUCAGGAUAACUUUGCGAUCAGCCCAGUCGACUUUACAUACUGUGGAAUCAGCGGCGUCACAGAAUUGCCUCAAGAUAUUCUCAAGGGCUCUAGCCCUGUUAGUUAUGAAUUAGAGAACGGAAAAGGUACGUUCAACUAUCAGGUAGGAAACACAGGAGCUGCAUCCACUCAGCGCAUUUCGAACACCGGUAUUGAGCACGUCAUGUCUAACAUUGCCAACUCCCUGAAUAAGAUGGUGCUAAUACGGGACGGGGAGGAUGUCAAUGGCACUGCGUAUGGCAUGGAAGUCUUCAUUGUGGUGCAAUGGCCCUGGCUCAUCUUACCUGGUGUACUGGUGAUUUCUGGGGUUUCUUUCUUUUUCCUUGCUCUCAUCUCAAACGAGCGGAUUGUGCUGUGGAAAUCAUCCGUUUUCGCCUUCCUAUACCAUGGUCUAGUCGAGAUUGAUAUAGACAAUGGUAUAACUGCCAGUGGCAUGGAAAAGGAGGCAAUAGGCGAAUGGGUGCAGCUUCGGGCUUCUUGUGACGACGGUAAUUUGAAACUACAAAGAAAAAGCACAAAUGCCAGGACCUCAUGA